GUGUGUGCGCGUGUGAUCUCCUCGCGAUCAUUCUUUGUCUGAAGAUGCGCGCUCAAACACGGACACACAUGACAAAAAAAAUAUGAAAUACACUCUCUCCACCAUCACCGUGUGAAAUGACAGUUGACACGUUAAAAGCAUCAGUCACGACCUUUUGAUUUCCAUCCAGCACGGGUCACCAUUUCUAAACGAUUAAAAAAAAAAGCGCGUGCCAAAAAUACGGCUGGCUCUCGUGUCCCUGCGCGCGCGUUGCGCUGCCAAUUCGCAACAACAUACUACACACACACAUACGCACGCACACACACGCACACAACUAUAAUGUGAUUGGAGUCGUUUUGCGUGCGGGAGGCGGAACCUGGACACUCUCCACAUCCCACUUUUUGAGAAGAUUACGAGCGACAAUUUACUGAGAAACGCAUGACAUUAACGCUGUGUGGAGGAGAGGCGGACGGACGUAGAGAGAGAGAGAAAGAGAGAGAGAGGACAGAGGCAGGACGACACGCCACCGGGGGUCGAGGCAAAGCCGAGCAGCGGAGCCGAGGCAUCAGAUCCGUGUGGAGAUAUUUGGAGUUGGAGGAGGACACUGGCACUUGUCUGAUCCCAGGAGGAGAAUAAAAACUUCACUCUCAGAGCAGAGUACAAACAUCAGCACAACUUCAACCAUUUACACAUAUUAAAAAGACUAAACACCAAAGCACCACAGCAGAUAUGAGUGAGGAUAAACCAUCCGACGCUGUGGAAAGUGCCCCUGCUGAGGGGAAUGCUAUUCCUAAUGGGAAAGGCCAUGAGCCCGGGGAGGAGAUCACAGCAAUGGCUAAAACACCACCUGCAGGGGACAGCGAAAAGGAAACUGUAUCCAAUAGUGCCCAGAAUGCUAGUCCUCACAGAACCGAGAAUUCAGAGGCCAACCUCCCAGAGAGCCAGGAGUUCUUGUCAGGCAUGGACGACAAGAAGACGACACGCUUCACAGACUUUGAGGGGAAAACCUCAUUCGGGAUGUCCGUCUUCAACCUGGGCAAUGCAAUCAUGGGAAGUGGAAUCCUAGGAUUGGCGUACGCCAUGGCCAACACAGGGGUCAUCCUGUUUUUGGUACUUCUAACAGUGGUGGCAGUCCUCUCAUCAUACUCCAUCCACUUGCUGCUAAAGUCAUCUGGUAUUGUAGGUAUUCGUGCGUAUGAGCAGCUUGGUUACAGGGCCUUCGGGACCCCAGGGAAGAUGGCGGCAGGUAUUGCCAUCACGCUGCAGAACAUCGGAGCCAUGUCCAGUUAUCUGUACAUAGUCAAGUAUGAGUUUCCUCUGGUCAUCCAGGCCUUCCUGAAGGUGGAUAAUCCUGCAGGUGAAUGGUACCUGAACGGGAACUACCUUGUGGUCAUUGUAUCCAUUGCCGUGAUAUUGCCACUGGCUCUCAUGAAACAACUAGGAUACCUGGGAUACACCAGUGGCUUCUCCCUGAGCUGCAUGGUUUUCUUCCUCAUUUCGGUCAUCUACAAGAAGUUCAAUGUCCCUUGUCCGUUCGUGGACUUUUCUUUCAAUGCCACAACCAGUGUGCUGAAUGUCAGUGCCACUGAUCCCGGUGGACAGGAGGAUCCUGCCUGCAUUCCCAAAAUGGCCAACCUCAACUCACAAACGGCUUACACCAUCCCCAUCCUGGCGUUCGCCUUUGUGUGCCACCCCGAGGUCCUGCCCAUCUACACAGAGCUGCGCAAUCCCACCAAGAAAAAGAUGCAGCAUGUGGCCAACAUCUCCAUUGCAGUCAUGUACAGCAUGUACUUCCUGGCUGCCCUUUUUGGAUACCUAACUUUCUAUGGUGAAGUGGAAGCCGAGCUGCUUCACACCUACAGCCGCAUCGAUCCGUAUGACACUUUGAUUUUGUGCGUGCGCGUGGCUGUGCUCACCGCUGUCACACUCACUGUGCCCAUCGUGCUCUUUCCUGUACGGAGAGCAAUCCAGCAGAUGAUGUUUCCCAACAAGACCUUCUACUGGCCCCGUCACAUCGCCAUUGCUUUUGUUCUGCUCACUUUGAUCAACCUGCUGGUCAUCUUUGCUCCCAACAUCCUGGGCAUCUUUGGGGUCAUUGGUGCCACGUCUGCCCCUUGCCUCAUCUUCAUCUUCCCUGCUGUAUUCUACAUCCGUAUCGUACCCAAAGAAGAGGAGCCACUGCGCUCCGUCCCCAAAAUCAUGGCUGCCUGUUUUGCUGGGAUAGGCUUCCUGUUUAUGAUAAUGAGUCUCAGUUUCAUCAUCAUUGAUUGGACAUCAGGCUCCAGCAAAGCCGCCAGUGGUCACUAGGCACCACCUUCCUUUUUUUUUUCUUCUUUUUUUUUGGUCAGAUUUUAUAUUGUUGAUUUAGACGUGUUGUAAUGUUACUGUUUUUACUUUGGAUAAUGUGUUGAAGUUGAAGAUGCCCUAUCUUUUUCAGUAGAACAUUAGCCACAGAGGAGGAGUGUAGAGUUGAAGAUGUAUCUCCACAAUAAGCUCUCGCUCUAAUGACAUUAUAUUGUACUGUACAUCCUGCCAAACGAUGACUGCACAUCCAGGCCAGUAGACUUUCUUGAUUUCACAAACUAGGUCAGGUGCAUAAAGGUCGAUUUUGAGGCUGUGCCUUGUGCGAUGGAUGUAAAAAAAGAACAGUAUAGUAACAAUAUAGAAAGCUACUGUCUUUAUACACCUGUUCCGUGGUUGGUUGCGAGCAUCCGUCACCUCUUGCUUAUUUGCAAAACUGCCACUCAGAUUAUAAAACAGUCUGAGACACCUCCUUUUUAAUAGUUGAAUGACAGAAAUGUACUGAAUGAUAGACCAUUAUUUCAUUAUUAUUAUUAUUAUGAUUAUUUUAAGUUAUUUGAAUAAGUACAUCUAUUAGCCAUUCUGUGCAACUGCAGAUGAAAGCGAUGGCACAAGCUAUUGCACAGAGAAAGAUCAGUUAAAGGAAUAGUUCAACAUUUUCAGGAGAGUUAGAACAAUGCCGCUCACAUGCCUGUACAGUAAAUUUAAAGCCACAGCCAACGCCUCAUAGCAUAGCUUAGCAUAAAGACUGGAAAAUGUCGAACUGUUCCUUUAAGGCGCGCAGCCUUUUCCCUCCUACUCCACUAACUCGUGCUGCUGCUGCUGUGUAUUUUAAGGUUUCGAGGUGUGAACAUUCUCACCUCCGACAGAGAAAGAUGCAAAACCACAGACAGUAUAUGAUAUAGUGUUGUGAGCACUUUUAUCCUAACAUUCCUCUAGAUCUAGAUGUAUAUUUUUUAUUAUUAAUCACUACUUGAUGAAAACCUCAGAAGAUGCAGUAUGGACUGAUAACUUGAUCCUCGGCGCACACUGAGGCAAUCAAUAUCAGAAAUGCAGGUUUCAGGUCAGGAGUUUUCCUGGCUGCCCAUUUCAUUACAUAGCACGACACGACUUUUCCUUUCAGUAUUGCUGCAGAAAUGACAGUAAUAAACGGUACUGAAGACCUCAUUGGUUGGAUUGUACAGAUCAAAGUGCUAAAUGAAAAGAAAAGAAUAAAAGUUACCGCUUAGUGUUCUUAAUCAUCGAGCAGGGACCUGGAAGAGUUCAUGUAUUGUUGUCUGAACAUUUACUGGAACUAAUCAGAGAUAACCAAAACCACAACAGAAAAACAAACAGGGUCACAUCAUGAACAGUUUGGUGUCUGUAAAUAUUUCUGCGCCCAGCACAAGCUUGAUCCCUAACAGAAAUGACAGACAUGGGAUUACUGUCUCUUAACAAUCUUUUUUUUUUUUUUUAAAUCAGUGGUUAACAACAGCACUUUCCUUUGAUAAGCACAACUCCCUGUAGCCAUUAAUAAGUCGAAACACAAGCAAAUGAUCUGUGAGAAGUUCACAUAUUUUAAGAGCACAUCCCAUUUGUAUAACUAAAUCGCUGAAAGAUUAAUCAAUAUAAUGUCAUAAUCACGAGAAAAUUAGCAGUGUAUCAAUGAUAUAAUAUGGAUGUCUUCUCCAACAUUACUUGAAAAUACUCCACAAGCAUUAGUUCCCUCCUCUGGUCCAUUCUGUAGAUAAAACAGUUAAUUAGUUGGAUGUAAUGUUGGAGGUUUUUAAGUGUCCGUGUUGUUUGAAAAAAAAAGAACAGAGAAGAAAACAUGGAUCCACUGUAUUUCAAUUAUAGUACCUAUAUGCAUUUGUGUCGUUAAACCUGGACCUAUGCUCUGAUCACAAGUAUAAUUCAAAGUAUUCGUCUCCUACCAUUAAUAGAUAAACUGUUGUUUUAAGCGUCAUGUUUAAUGUUUAUUCGGAUGUGUCAGUUGAGUCUGAUUCAGUGAUGAAAUGCAAGAUGCAAAACCUGUUAUUGGUUGAUAUUAUGUUGUCGUUGUUGUUGUUUUUUUUCCCUUAUAUUUGUCUUUUAUAGUGAGUGGUAUAUCAUCAGUGGUAUAAUCUGGGUUAUUUCUGACUUCCUUGCUGCUUCUUGGCAGACAGUAACCUACUAACUUGGAGUUGUUAGUGAGCUGGUGUCUUUGCCUGAAUACCAUUAUUUUUUUGAAACGAUAAGAUCUGUCGCACCAGACUACGAUGUGUAAGUUCGCAUUGUCAAUUUCUUACACGACAAACCUCUUUUAAUCCCUUUUUGUAUUCAUUAUAUCUGGAUAUUUUGUUGUCUUUUUGUGUCUGUAUGCAGAGGGAAUCAUCUGAAUCAGCCACUGGGGCAUAACAUAGUGUUGUUUAACCAAUGCAAGAGUUAUAUUUAAACCUGUUCCUAGUUUCACCUUCGUUUUUUUGGCUCUGUGUUUGGUAAAGCCAUUUGGUAGAUCACAGGCUGUAAGUAGUUUUUCAAUGGUGCACGCACAGAAAACACUUCAAAACCUCACAACACGCAAAAAAUAUACAAGAGGCAACGCGGCGAGGGGUUACACCGUGUUAGUGGCUGAUAGAAGAUGAUCUCCGAGGACCUCGAUUUAGAUCUUACUGUUGUUAGUCUCCCUCUUUGUGUGAUUUGUUGAAAUGUGUAUGAUUGAAUAGUAACAUAUUAAAUAUUGACACAGGCCAGCAUUUAUAAAUAAUGUAUAUAAAUGUAUACCCUUUAUAUUCUAUAUGCAUAUCUAGUUUGUACAAUGUAAAUAGCAAAUUAAAGUUUUAGUCCAAUUAAAAAAAUAUAAAUGUAAUCAUUUUCAAAGUGCUUUUAAAACCCUUUUGUCCUUCGAUUCAUGUCAAUUUUCUUGUAUCUCUAUAUAUUUUAAUAUGUUGCUGGCAGUUAUUGUACUGUAAACAAUGUUGCAAUAAAGAUAAUGAGGUAACAAAA